UGAUGGGCCUAUCUGGUGUUUGUGUGUUUAUGUUCUAAUGAACGAACUUUUCUUAGGAACCGAAAAUUGUCUAAAUUUAUUUGGUGAUGAUUAGACCGAGCAGCAACCAGCCAAUGAUUAGACCACUACUUGUAUUCGAAAUGAUCAAUGUCUUUUGUCUUUGUUUUUAUCUUUUUUUCCCUCUCUAAAAUUAAGAUUCUCUUUUCUUUCUCCCGCACACACAUAGACAUUUCAUUUUUUUUUUUUUUUUUUUGGUUUCAAAUUGAAUCAAUCUGAAUAAUUGAUUUUCGAUACAAUCACUGCCAUUUCCGUUCAAAGAUCGUAUUGAUCGAUCAAAUUCUUUUUUUAAACAAUGUAUCAAUGUUGAAAUUCAAAUUGCUUCAUCAACAUUCAUCGAAUUCUUAAUUAAUUAUCUCUUUUUAAGUGACAAGUGUGGCUAUUUUCAGAUGACCAAAAUGUUGAUGAAAACAUUGAUUCUAUUAUUAUUCAUAUUGUAUUCAUUGGUCAUUGGCCAAAAACGUUAUGAUCCUUUACCAUAUCCGAAACCAUAUUAUCAAGCAAAUCAACCCUAUAGAAAUGGAGCUGGUUCAAUCACAAAUUAUCAUAAUAACAACAAUAAUAAUAUAUUUCCACAGCUGAGAUAUCCAGGUCCUGUACCGAAUCCAAGUUCUAGUUGUUAUGACCGAUUAAAUCGACCAUUAAAAUGUGCACCAGAAUUUGUCAAUGCAGCCUAUAAUGCGCCGAUUGAAGCGACCAAUACUUGUGGUUUGAAUGGUUUUAGUCAGUAUUGUUUUCAAACCGGAGCGGCUGGAACGACUCGUAAAACAUGUGAAAUUUGUGAUGCACAAAAUGUGGCUCUUGCACAUCCACCCGAAUAUAUGAUCGAUGUAGAUCAAAUGAAUCGUAUAACCUGGUGGCAAAGUGAAACAAUGAUGGAAGGUGUCAAACAGGUGAACAUUACCAUACCGUUAGGAAAAGCAUUCGAAAUUACAUAUGUACGGCUUUUGUUUUAUUCACCGCGUGCUGAAAGUUUCGCUAUAUACAAACGUACUACUGAAAAUGGACCAUGGAUGCCAUUCCAAUAUUAUAGUUCGAAUUGCUUACAAACUUAUAACGUAUCUGAUCGUGCAUAUUCUAGUCACUUUGAUGAAACUCAGGCCAUGUGUACGAAAGAAUUCAGUGACAUUUCACCAUUGACAGGUGGAAAUGUUGUAUUCACAACACUUGAAGGUCGACCGAAUGCAACCCAUUUUGAAAACAAUGAACGGUUACAGGAUUUUGUAACUGCCACCGAUAUUCUUAUCGUUUUGGAUAAUAUGAAUACAUUCGGCGAUGAAAUCUUUGGUGAUGAACAAGUACUUCGUUCAUAUUAUUAUGCAAUAUCCGAUCUUUCCAUUGGUGGGAUUUGCAAAUGUAAUGGACACUCUAAUCGGUGUGUUAUACCAUCAAACAAUAAUCAGGAUGGUCAUCGACGUUUAAUUUGUCAAUGCGAACAUAAUACCGAUGGUGUGGAUUGUGAAAAAUGUCUACCAUUCUAUAAUGAUCAACCAUGGCGUCGUGCUACGACCAAAAAUGCCUAUGCUUGUCAACCUUGCAACUGCAAUGGCCGAUCAAAUAAAUGUUAUUUCGAUGAAGUUUUAUGGCGACGUACCGGACACGGGGGUCAUUGUAUUGAUUGUGCCGAUGAUACUGAUGGACCGAAUUGUGAAAGAUGUAAAGAAAAUUAUUAUACCGAUCUUGAAACGAAUCGAUGUUUGGCUUGUAACUGUGACCCGAUCGGUUCAGUAAGCCUUCAAUGUUCCAGCACUGGUCAGUGUAUUUGUAAAUCUGGUGUUGAAGGACAACGAUGUGAUCGCUGUGCAUCAAAUUAUUUUGAUUUCAGCCAUAAUGGCUGCAGACCUUGUGGUUGCAGUGUAGAAGGAAGCCAAGAUAAUGUUCCGCUGUGUGAUAACAAAGGCAAGUGUCGUUGUAAGAAAAAUGUUGAAGGUGAGAAAUGCGAUCGCUGUAAACCGGGAUUUUUCGAUCUACAAUUAACCAAUGAUCUUGGCUGUGUGGCCUGUUUCUGUUAUGGACAUUCGAAUCAAUGUACAAGUUCAAAAGGUUAUUCCAUCUAUCCAAUCGAAAGUACAUUCAAUCGUGAUUCCGAACGAUGGAUCGUCAAAGAUAAAUAUGGCAACGACAUAUCCAUCCAAUACAAUAGCCUUGGACAAAAUAUUGGAGCUACAUCAAGUUUUCAUGAUAAUACCUUGUAUUUUCAUGCUCCUCAUAAAUUCUUGGAUGAUAAGAAAUAUUCAUACAAUCGAAAUCUAACAUUUAAUCUUCAGAUCACUGGUGGUAAAGGAAACAUUCUUUCAACCAUCGAAGAUAUCGUUAUCGAAGGUAAUGGCAUCAAAAUUUUAUCGCCUAUUUUUGCCCAAGGAAAUCCAUUACCAAAUUCUCGAAUGCAAACCUAUCGAUUCCGUUUGAACGAAGAUAUGGCUUAUGGAUGGAGUCCACAAUUGAAUUCACGUGAUUUUAUUGCAUUGUUAGCCAAUAUUACGGCCAUUAAGAUCAAGGCUACAUAUUCUGACAUGGGUUCUGGAUUUAUUGACGAAGUGAUGCUUGAAACAGCUAUUGCAAGUCCAGGAUCGAAUCAGGCAACGUGGGUAGAAACAUGUUCUUGUCCAGAUGGUCAUACUGGUCAACAUUGUGAAUCAUGUACUGCCGGUUUUAAACAUGAUCCUCCACGUGGUGGAAAAGCUGCUAAAUGUGUUCCGUGCAAAUGUAAUCAACAUGGUGAAUAUUGUGACAGCGAAUCAGGUCGAUGUAGUUGUCAAAAUAAUACCGCUGGAGAUACGUGCGAUCGUUGUGCGCCAGGUUAUUAUGGUAAUGCAUUACAAGGUACAGAAGAUGAUUGUAAAUCAUGUCCAUGUCCGAAUGGUGGUGAAUGCGCCAUUCUUCCUGACGAACAGAUCGCUUGUCUAAACUGCCCAGAAGGCUAUGGAGGUCGUCUUUGUGAGAAAUGUGUUGAUGGUUAUCGAAUGCGUCCGGAAGAUUCAAAAUGUGAAAAAUGUGAUUGUAACGGAAACAUUGAUCCGAACGCCAUUGGAAAUUGUAAUUCUGUAACCGGACAAUGUUUAAAAUGUAUUUACAAUACAUGGGGCAACAGUUGUGAGAAAUGUCUCCCCGGACAUUAUGGAUCAGCAUUAUCUUUUCCACGUGGCGAUUGUAAAGCUUGUGCUUGUUAUCCAUUUGGAACGAUCGCUGAAGAUAAUUAUUUCGAUUAUGAAGAAGCAAAACGUCAAGGAUAUCUGAAGAAUUUCUUUUCCACACAGAAUUUUUUCACUUGCAACAGCGUAACCGGUAAAUGUCGAUGCAAAGCUAAUGUAGCUGGACGACAGUGUGAUGUCUGUGUCGAUGGUUAUUGGGAUCUGGAUUCCAACGAAGGCUGUAAAGCUUGUGAUUGUAAUGAAAUCGGUUCGGAAAAUCAUCUUUGCGAUAAUCGUUCCGGACAAUGUAGUUGUAGAUCGGGUGUCACCGGAAAACAUUGUGAUCAAUGUUUACCAAACUAUUUUGGUUUCGGUCCGAAUGGUUGCCAAAAAUGUGAUUGUGAUCCGAUUGGCUCGUUAGAACAGCAAUGCGAUCUUAUUACUGGCCAAUGUAAAUGUCGUGAAAAUGUUGAAGGCAAACAAUGUCAACGUUGUCAGGAAAAUAAAUACAACAAAGAAGCCGGAUGUGUUGAUUGUCCACCAUGUUAUACAUUGGUACAAGAAUCCAUCGCUGCCCAUCGAGUUAAAGUAGCUGGCCUUAAAACUUUAUUGGAUGAAAUUGAACAAAAUCCAUUGGCUGUGGAAGAUGCGAAUUUUGAACGUCAAUUAAAUGAAGUGAUGAACACUGUAAAGCAAUUACUUCAAGAAGCUAAAGAUGCUCAAAUCGAUGAUGAUUCUCUAGUGGCUCAAUUGGAACAGAUAAAAAAUCGUAUCCGAAAAGUUCAAGAUAUGACCAAAAAGAUUGAAAAUCAAAUGAAUUUCAUCAAUAAUCAAAUCAAUUAUGGUACGAAAAACAUAACAAAUGCACAAGAGAUUGUCAAUGCUGCUGAAAUUGAUCUGAACAAUGCACGUAAUCAUCUAGAAAAUGAUGGUCGACGAUCAUUAGAAAAGGCGAGAAUGCGUGCAGAAAAAUAUGGCCAUCAGUCGGAAAGAAUGUCAGAAAUUGCUCGUGAAUCCAGAUUAUUGGCCGAUGGACAUGAAUCGGAAGCUGAACGAAUUAUCAAUAAAUUUAAAGAUGCAAGAAACAUUUCCGAAACUGCAUAUAAUCUGGCCAAAGAUGCUAUCAACACUCAAAAAGCUAAUAAAGAAGAGUUGGAAAAAUUAAAAGAUAAAUUAAAUGAAGUGAAAGAACAAUACCAAAUGACCAUUAAAUUAUCACAGGAUGUACACAAAGAUGCCGAAAAAGCAAAUCAAGAUGCAUUGAAUUUGGCUGCCGAUGUGAACAAUAUUUUUGUUCCCGAUCUGAAUGCUUCGCGAUAUAAAGAUGAAGCUAUUCAUAUAAUCAACAAAGCUAAACAAGCACAUAUUGAUGCCGAUAAUAUGCUAAAAACCCAUGAAGAAUUGCUAAAUAGCACUGGAAAUCGAUUGAAUGAUGGUCGACUUUUGUUUGAGGAUGCCGAACGUAAACAACAGGCUUUGGAUGACCUGUUGACGCGUGCCGAUAUGGCUUACAAUAUGACACAAGAAGCAGUACAGAGUGGUAAUAAUAUUUUGGAUGAUGCUAAAAAUACGUUGAAAACAUUGAAAGAGUUUGACAUACAUGUUCAAUCAAGUAAGGAAAAGGCAAAUAAAGCUAUGGAUCGUGUGCCUGAAAUUGAAAAAGAAAUUGAUGAUAUCAUUCGUAAAUCGGAUUAUUCACUAAAAUCAUUGAAUUCUGCAUUAAUUGAAGCAUCCAAUGCUAAAGAGACGGCAAAAGUUGCUGAAGAAAAAGCUGAUCAUGUAUCACAGGCUUCGAAUAUGGCUUUACGUACUGCUAAACAAUUAACCGUUAAAGCUGAUGAUUUACUGGUUCGUUCAGCUGAAUUGACACGAGAUGUAGAUAGAACAUCGGACAAAAUGAAAUCCUAUGAACAGCAAGCUGAACAAGAUGAAAGUCUUGUCGAUGAUGCCUUACGAAAAGCUAAUACGGCUAAAACAAGCGCAAUGGAUGCUAUCAAAAAAGUUCAGAAUGCAACAUAUACUGUAGAUAAAAUACUCAAAGAUUUAAAUUCAAUGGAAGAUAUGGAUGAAAAUAAUCUAUCGGAUUUAGAACAACGAUUACGUGAUGCUGAACGUGAAUUUCGUACGGCCGAUCUGGAUAGCCGUGUGAUGCAUUUGGAAAAAUUGAAUGAAGAACAAAAGAAAUCCAUACAUAAUUAUGAGGAUGAAUUGGAAAAAUUAUCUGCCGAUGUGGCCAAUAUUGCUAAAAUUCGACAAUCUCUGCCAGAUAAAUGUUUCCGUCGUAACCGCUUGGAACCCUAAUCUCGAAAAUACAAAAAAACAAAUUGAAUCAAACAUUUUUUUUUAUCCACAUUACAUUA